AUGUCCUCCAACGACCAUCGUACCGCUAUAGAUAGAACAGCAAAUCACUCGGUACGAUCAUGGCUUCGUUCGCUGCUCCGCAGACCGUCAGACCACCAUGCCGACUUGGAAGAAGCUGGCCCCUCACCUAACUCGACCACUCCUCCAGCUGGCGCUGACAUGAUCUCGUUUCAUCAUACCAUGGAGGACAUAGACCGCCCUUCCUUCGCUCCACCACCGAGAUCCUUCAGCGGAGGCUCCAGCAACGGUCCGCUGUCCUACGAGGCUGCUGCACGUAGAACAAUCGCCCAACCCAUCGCAACACCUCUAGUAGGUGCAUCCCAUCCACCACCCAGUCUGUCUCCGCAUGCCAGUCUCGCUACGCCACCUAGUCCCAGCGCUUCGCCACCAAAGAGUCCCGGCUUCGGACGUACUCUGUCGAGUAGUGUCAACUCUUUUACCGAUCGAUUACACCAUCAGAGACGUGCAAGCGAGACGUACCGGCGAAUGAAGUCGGGCAGCACAUCGACAGCCGCAGAUCCUCAGCUAGGUGGCCUCUCUCGCAGCGUAUCCAAGACCUCGGACGCACAAGCCCCUCUAGUAGCCUCGCCUCCAGCUCUCUCGGAGGGAGAGGCACAACCUGUCCUUUCAUCAGCUCGCCUGUCCCCUGACAGCCAGUCAUCUUCGAUCAACAACGAUAGACGCAGACUAUCCGCCGCGUCAGACAGCAAACAAUCUGAAGUUUCAACUUCGAGUGUGCGAAGACCUGAACCCAACAGCGCGCACAGUACAAGCAGCACGAGCCUGCCUUCAGUGACCAGUCCUAAUGGCGCAACUGCAACAGAAAAUGAAGCUGCGAGCGAACUCCUCCUCCCCGAGGGUGAGCAAAUGCUCAAGGUCACUCACAAGAAGGUCAAGCCACGCACUUUCAAGCUUGACGCUGACCGUGGCCAGAUCCUUUGGGAGUCAAAGAAGAACAAUCGCGUCAAUCUCGAAUCCAUUCGCGAAGUUCGCUUCGGGCCUUCUGCUGCAUCCUAUCGCACCUCACUCAACAUCUCUUCCGCACAUGAACCACGCUGGAUCACCAUCAUCUAUCAGAACGGCGGCAUCUACAAGGCCCUUCACUUGAUCGCCCUUUCCGAUCCCUCGCUCUCAAGAUGGCGAGCCAGCCUUCUUCACCUUCAAACUCUGCGCAGAGAGCUUACUGGAGCUGCUGGUGCAUCCUCGAGCAUCGAGCAUCGUCGCCAUCUCUGGAUGCGUCAUCACUGGAAAGACGCAGACGAGUCUAAUGAUGAGAAGCUCUCCAUCGAAGAGGUCAUGCUUCUUUGUCGACGUCUCGGCAUCGAAUCCAACAAGGUGCAUCUUCGCCGGUGCUUCAACCUGGCCGACUGGCGCAACCGCGGCUAUCUCGACUUCCAAGACUUUCAGCAUUUCGUCUCGCUGCUCAAGCAGAGAGCGGACGUACAGGCCAUUUUCGCCGCUUGGGCUGAUCAACCAGCCGAAGAGCAGCGCGGAUGCGACCUCUGA